AUGAUAAGGCUGUUGAAUGGACUUUAUGACAGGGCUUCAUUGGUUGUGAGAAGCGAGAAUAGGACUUCAGACCCCAUUGAAGUUACAAAAGGAGUGUUGCAGGGGGAUUCACUUAGUCCAUUUUUGUUCUCCUGCUAUUUGAGAAAUAUUGAGUCCUUUUUCAGGGGAAGAGGCUUCCAUGGCAUUCCAUUGAAAAACCAAACUGACAUAUUGAUGUUACUGUUUGCUGAUGAUAUUGUCAUCUUUGCAGAUGGUGAGGUGGACCUGCGUAACAAGAUAAAUUGUCUUUCCGACUACUGUGAAUCCCUGAAGCUGACUGUCAAUAUUGAAAAAACAAAAAUUGUACCUUUCCAUGCUAGGGGCCACAAACAUGCGUCGGGUUGCUUCCGGAAAUUCUGUGAAGGCUUCAUUAGGAAGGCGAGAAUUACUGGAGAGUCAGUCAUCCAGGUUCUUCAAAGAGCCAAGUCUGACACAUGGGAUGCUAAGAUGAAACUCUACGUUGCGGUAGUGCUGCCUUCGAUUCUGUAUGGCUCUGAAGUUUGGGGUCUUGGUUGUGCUGACGUUUUGGAAAGAGCACAGUUGUAUUUUCUGAAACGUGUUCUUCUGUUGAAUGUCACAUCACCGAGUUGGGCGGUACAUUUGUAA